AUGUCAUCUAUGAACGGAAAUGGCUCUCUGUCAAUGGAAAAGAUACUGAAUAUCAGUGGUGCACCUACUCUAAGUGAGGUAACGUGUUUGGAUAUUUCCGGUCUUGAACUGAAAACCAAAGACUUAAAAGUUCUAUUGUCGCUCUCCCAGCUAGAGGAGUUAAACGUCAGUGACAACGAUUUGAAGGGAUUUCCCGUGGACCUCACACUCCCCAAAUUACGAAAACUGAAUUGUUCUAAAAAUGUAUUGAGGUCCGUGGACUUCGUGACACAGUUUCCGAAAUUAGAAGUUCUUCUCAUCGAAUCUAACAUCGUAAAUAUAUGUGAGCAGUAUAUAGCCAUUCAUGUAUUACCUUCUUUGGUGGAAUAUAAUGGUGAAGCCACCAAGGAAGUUAGACAAAUCAUUGAAGAGUAUGAAUACAGAUUAUUGCAAAGGCUUAGUGACACUUGGAAUGAGCAGUUUGCGAUCUUGUUGCCAUGCCAAUUUUCAGCUUUAGAAGCCAACCAUAUUGAAAGAAAACUACGAAGGGAUUUACAAAAUGUUCCCUGUGGUCCUUCAUCCCUCCAGCACUUCAAAGAUCAUUUGAUAUUUCAUAUCGUCAGACGACACAUGUUGAAAAUAAAAAUUGAACAAUCUGAAAUAAAACAAGAAAAGAGGAAAAUGAAAAGUAAUCAUGACGGGAUAAAAAAGAAAAUCAAACUGGAAUCAGUAUCAGAUAAUGGUUUAUCGUCAACCAAGAAAAAUAAAAUUCAUGGGGAUUUCUAUGCUCUUGCAUGGACAACAGUAUGUCUUGACGUCAGUGGUAAUGAACGACCUACUAAUUUACUAGCUGUAGCUGGUAUGCGUGGUGAAAUCAGAAUGCUCUACCCAUCACAGUUGGUCUGCUAUUCUUUAUUGAGGGAUUAUAAACGAUCUAUAAACACUCUGAUUUUCCAUCCUCAGAAACCAACAUGGCUUUUCA